GAGAAGCGCGUGAGUUUGGAGACAAAAACACUCCAACAAAAAUAAUUCUAGAAGUCUCUCCUAUCAUCUCAUAAAACCCACUCGAAAGCAUCACCUCAUCACUCUUGCUAGCUAGGGUUUUAUCUGCUUUACUCAAACUCUCAAGCAUUUCUAGAACCGGUGCCCAAAGAAAAAUAAAUAAAUGGCAACAGCACAGUUGACAGCAUCCUCAAUUUCGGUUUCAGCAAGGAACUUGUCUUCCUUUGAAGGAUUAAGAGCUUCUAAUGUUAAGUUUGCGUCUUUUAAACCAGCUGGUGGCUUUGCUCUUUCUCAACGCCCUUUUCGGUGCUUGGUAGUUAAAGCUGCCACUGUUGUCGCUCCCAAGUACACGUCCAUUAAGCCUUUGGGUGAUAGAGUGCUGGUGAAGAUCAAGACUGUUGAGGAGAAGUCUGAGGGUGGCAUCUUACUUCCAUCUUCUGCCCAAACAAAGCCUCAAGCUGGUGAGGUGGUUGCUGUUGGAGAAGGGAAGUCGAUUGGGAAGACCAAGCUGGACAUUUCUGUGAAGACUGGUGCCCGGGUUGUAUAUUCCAAGUAUGCGGGGACUGAGGUGGAGUUCGAUGGCUCAAGUCAUCUUAUACUGAAGGAGGAUGAUAUUAUCGGCAUCCUUGAGACAGAUGAUAUCAAGGAUCUUAAGCCACUGAAUGAUAGAGUAUUCAUAAAGCUUGCUGAGGCAGAGGAGAAAACUGCUGGAGGCUUGUUGCUGACAGAGGCAACUAAAGAGAAACCUUCUAUUGGCACGGUGAUAGCAGUUGGACCUGGACCACUUGACGAGGAAGGUAACAGGAAGGCACUAUCCGUGUCCCCAGGAAGCACAGUUUUGUAUUCCAAGUAUGCUGGGAAUGACUUCAAAGGGAGUGAUGGUGCUAACUACAUCGCAUUGAAAGCUUCCGAUGUAAUGGCUAUACUCUCUUAGUUGUCAGUAUUCUCUACAUGUGUGACUGUGUUUUGUGGCUGAGUUGCCUCAGGGCUUACGGAUUGUGAUUGUAGUCUUUGAAUGUAAUUUGAACUGCUGGAUUGUUUGAAUCAAUUUGGAGCACAAAUUCUCACUAA